UGUAGGUAGUACAAGAACUGAAAAAUAAUUUUUGGUUGCCAGUAUACCUGUAGUCGUUGCACUGAUCAGUCGAUAGUUUUGUGAUAAAUUAUUUCUCAAGUGAAUUAAAUUAUUAACCAUGGGACGUGAUUCUAGAAAGGUUUCAAGAGAACUUCGGAGUUCUGAAAAAAUUAAUAAGUCGCGUUCAGUCAAAAGAAAGAAUGUUUUUAAUCCGAAAACAGCCGAACGUGAUGAAAGUAUUCAGAGUACAUCUUCUAAAAAAUUAAAACAAAACACUGAAGAUGAUGUACCUGAAGACAGCAGUACUGAAUUUCGAAUAAUAAAUUUUAUUCAGGUAUUCACUGCAAUUUCUGCUCUUAUAAAAUGUAAAAAAUGUGAUGGAAAUGUAGUGUUUCAAACAGCAAGUACACGUGGGCUGGGAUUCAAAAUUGUAGUUGCAUGUAAUAACUGUGGAAAUGAAUAUAUUCCUUCCUGUUCUUUCGUUGGGCAUUCUUAUGAAAUAAACAGACGUUUCAUUUUUGUAAUGAGAAUACUAGGAAUAGGAUACGAAGGAUUGUGCAAGUUUUGCGGCCUGAUGGACAUGCCGUCUUUUUUAGAUAAAUCUACGCAUACAAUUUUACUGAAACAGAUUUUGAAUUGUAGUAAAGCCGUCGCAGAAACCUUCAUGACGAAAGCUGUGAAUGAAGAAAAGCAAGCAAUGCCAACAACUGAAAAUGAAGAUAUAAAUCAUCUAACUGUAUCGGGAGAUGGAACCUGGCAAAAACGGGGAUAUACAUCGUCAUUUGGAGUUUCUUCUAUAAUUGGCUAUUUUACUGGAAAGAUUCUUGACAUAAACAUUAAAAGUGCAUAUUGUAAGCUAUGUGAGUAUUGGAAAAAAAAAACAAAUACUGUUGAGUUCGAGGAAUGGUAUCAAUCGCAUGAAGAUGUGUGUUCUGCUAAUCAUCAAGGGUCUUCUGGGAAAAUGGAGGUGGAUGCGAUGGUCGAAAUGUUUUCGUAUUCUGAAACUAAAUAUGGAGUUAAGUAUGCCAACUAUAUUGGUGAUGGUGACUCCAAGACCUAUUCAGGAAUUAUAAAAUCAGAUCCUUACGAAAAUACAACUGUAAAUAAAAAGGAAUGUAUAGGGCAUGUCCAAAAGCGGAUGGGGAGUCGAUUACGUACGCUGAAGAGUAAACAAAAAGGUCUUGGUGGUCGAGGUAAGCUCACAGGAAAAUUAAUAGACAAACUAACUGUGUACUAUGGUUUAGCAAUACGCCGGCAUUGUGAUUCUAUUGAAAAUAUGAAAUCUGCUAUAAUGGCAACCUUUUAUCACUACGGCUCGAGUGAUGAAAAACCGAAUCAUGAUAUGUGUCCAAAAGGCGAAGAAUCUUGGUGCUCUUACCAGCGCGCUGAAGCAAGAGGAGAGCUUGAUACCUUUUCUCACGAUUAUUCUCCUUUACCUUCUGAUGUUUUAAAAGCUAUCAAGCCUAUAUACGAAGAUCUUAGUAAUGAAAAUUUACUUUCAAGAUGUGUAGGUGGAUUCAAUCAGAAUAAUAAUGAAAGCUUUAACCAACUAGUAUGGAAAAUAUGCCCAAAAACGGUAAAUACUAGUUUUACCAUCGUACAAAUAGCUGCAUACGUUGCUAUGUGUAUAUUUAAUGAGGGUAUAAAUUCAUUAUUAGUCUUGAUGAAUACACUAGGACUUAAUUGUGGGCCUAAUUCUCAUCGGUAUGCAGAAAGAAUGGAUGCUGCACGUAUCAAAGUAGCAGAUAAGCGCGCUAAUGAUAACACCCGAGAAGGUCGAUUGCAACGUAGGCACCAGCAAAUCGAUAUUUUGGAAGCUGCUAUGUCGGCUGAAGAGCUAUUAUAUGGUCCAGGAAUAGAUGACUCAGUAUGAAUCUCCAAGGACUUAUGAUGAUCACCGCAAAGGACUUCGGGAGGAACGGGCUCUACAAAAACAGCGAUAACUUUUUGAAUUAUUAAUUUUUUUUUUUGAAAUUUUCGUGAAGUCAAAUCGAAACGUGUUCUAAUAAAGCUAUGUUUUUAUUUUUGUCAAAUAAAGUAAUUAACUACAAAAAAAAAAUUA